AAUUAAUAUUUUAAUUAAAAACUUUCACAAAAAAAUUAAUAUUUUGUAAAAAAAAAAAUUAACAAUACUUAAAAAAUAAAUUCCAUAAAAAAUAAGAAUACUACUAUGGGCUGUACUAACGCAAAGGAAUCAAAUCCUCAAAAAAAAACUCAAGACGUCAGAAGAUGCUUGCAAGAAAUCGAAUAAAUAAUAAAGCAAGUUGAGAGCUUAAAUUGUUUUUAUCAAUAAGAAUAAAAAAUCGCUUGCAACAUCAGUCCUUCGAUUGAAAAAGUAGAGGAAUUCAUAAAAUACGCAUUCUAAAAUUACAAGAGCGAGUCAAUAAUAACUCAAGCUACUAUGCAGCAAAAAAUAACUUAUGACUCUUAUGCUUAUUAACUAAAAUCUCUUCAAUAAAAUGCCAUGUAGGUAGUAGGCUAUGGGACGAAAAUUUACCUUUAAAAACAAAAUAUAGAUAAAUCUCCAGUUUUUUAGGCUUUCGGAUAAAAACUGAUGAUUCUGUAAGACUUUGCUUUUAAAGUGAAGAUUCCUUAAAUAUAAAUCUAAGAUUUAGAAAGUAAACUUUAAAAUUUGGUAAAGUGUCUCAGUCUAAGUCAAUCUAUUUGA